UGUACUUUUCUUAACACGUACCUAUGUAUUUAUUUCCAUCAAAACAAUAAAGUAAUCUUACAAAAAUGGAUGAAAACAGCCUUAUAUAUGGGCUAGAGCUGCAAGCCCGUGCUCUAACUCCCCAAUACGGUGAGAGUAAUGACGUAUGCUUCUUCAUAGCAACAAACUCCUUGAAGCCAACGAAUCAGGUGCACCUAAUUCAGUUCGAAGAGGAGCAGGGAACAGUGCAAUCUAAGGUUUUCGAGCAUGCCCUUGGAGAAGUUUGGAAACUGAACAGCUGUCCCCACAAUUCUCGUUUGCUGACAUCCGUUUACAAUGUACAAAAAGGAGCUCAGGUGUUGACUCAAGCAGCACUGCUAACGCUUCCAGAGAAUCUUAAUCCCACGGAUGCCGAGCAGCUCAAAUCGGAGUAUCUGCCAUGGGAGAACGUGGAACAACUGAAUACGGAAUCUCUUGGAGAGAGGGUUAAAACGGUUGAGUUUCAUCCAAGCCAGGAUCAAACUCUUGCCUGUGUGGUGGACAACAAGCUGGCUGUGAUGCAGCGAGCCGAAUCCUCCACUCGAGUGGUGGCCGAAGUUCCAACAAGUGGUUCGGCAAGCAAGCACUCGCUGAACUUUACCAACGGCAAGUGGUCGCACCACCAUCAGGGUCAUCAGUUCCUGGCCCUGCACGAAGGUAACUUAAGUGCUUACGACGUGCGAGACACCCAGCACUGCGCCUGGAGCAUCAGCGACGCUCACGGACAGAUGGUUCGCGAUCUGGACUGCAAUCCCAACAAACAGUGUCACCUAGUCACCGGUGGCGAUGACGGCUACUUGCGGAUUUGGGACUGCAGGAUGCCCAAGUCGCCGGUGUUUGAGCGCAGCGACCACUCGCACUGGGUUUGGUCAGUGCGAUUUAAUACAUUCCACGACCAGCUCUUGCUUUCCAGCUCCAGCGAUUGCAAGGUGCUUCUCACUUGUGCCGGAUCUGUCAGCUCUGAGACUCAGGCGCAAACCGGGCUUGACGACACGAAUUUUAGUGGUACUGAGGCAGAGGAGCGCCACAAAUUGUUGCCCGAUGGUCUCCUACAAACUUUCGACCAGCACGAGGACUCUGUUUACUGUGCAGAGUGGAGUAAUGUGGAUCCGUGGAUUUUCGCAUCGCUCAGCUACGACGGACGCGUCCUUAUCUCGAAAGUACCAAAGCAGUACAAGUACCAGAUUAUAUUUUAAGCCAAUAAUUUAUUGUUUAUGCUAAAAGUAAAACUAUUUAAAGACGUA